AUAGUUUCCAUAUUUUUUCUGUACUUUGUCUAAUUUCUUCUUUUUUUGUGUUUUUGUUUUAGUUCGUCUUCAUUUUUCCUAAUACUUUCUGCCCUUCAGUUUACUUCUGCCAUUCAUUGAUAUGCCUUUGCUGCAGCUAAAUGGGCAGCAGAUAAAGCAGUUGCUGAAGUGAAAGCUUGGGCAUGGGAGCAGUUUAGAAAGGCCAUGGAAAAAGAUGGUCACCAGGCCCAAAGGUUGUUCUAGAAAUCAUUUGGGGCUUCAGGAGGAUUAAAUGUGAUCCCUGCCCAGGAUGUGCUAAGUAAGGGAGGUGGAGUACUGACUGUUCCUGGGGAGAUUGUUGGGUGAUGGAAGGAGCAGUUUGAGAAACCUUUUUUCCUUCUUUCCAGGAGGCAGUGUCAGACAUUUCUGCUGGAUUAAAUCCCAUCAGUAUCCCUAUGAGGUUACUAUGGCGGUGUAAGGCCUCCAAAGUGGCAGUGCUGCAGGGGUGGAUGAGAUUCAUUCAGCCUUAUUUAAAGUACUGGACAGGGUUGGGUAGAGUGGCUGACAUCCCUCUUUAAUGUUGCUUGGAAGGUGGGUAAACUAUCUCUGACCUGGAAAACUGGGGUGAUGGGGCCUGUAUUUAAGAUCGGGGACCAGGGUGUGUUCAGACUACAGGGGGAUCACAUUAUCCAGCCUUCCUGGCAAAGUCUAUGGGGGAGUACUGGAAAAGGAGACUCCACCACAUCCAUGAGUCUUGGAUUCAAGAGAAAAAAUGCUGAUUUUGUCCUAGCUGUGGAAUAGUGGACCAACUCCUGCUCCUUUCCGCAGUUGCUUCGGGGAAUAUGGAAACGCAUCAACCUUGUGUGCAUGCUUUUUGUGGACUUGGAACAGAUGUAUGACUGUGUUAUGGGAGGUACCACAGGAAUAUGGGGUGUCAGGACAACCAAUAUGGUACAUGGCACUAAUGUCUAUGGAAUACUUCGGGCCCCUCGAGCCCCCCGCACAGAAGCCCUGGUGCUUAGUGCCCCAUGCACUCCAGGAAGCAGCAACAACCAAGCAGUGGGACUCCUUCUGGGACUGGCGCAGUAUUUCAGAGGUCAGAUGUAUUGGGCCAAGGACAUCAUAUUCCUGGUAAAUGAACAUGAUUUGAUUGGUAUGCAGGCUUGGCUGGAGGGAUACCACCAUACCAACACUACAGGGAUGAGCUGGACCCCACUUGAAGGCCGAGGUGGCUCCAUCCAGGCUGCUCUGUCACUGGAGCUCAGCAGUGACAUUAUCACCAGUCUUGAUCUUGUUCUGGAGGGUCUUAAUGGUCAGCUGCCUAAUUUGGACCUGGCCAACCUCUUCUAUGCCUUUUGCCAGAAGAUCGGGGUGCUGUGCACCAUCCAAGGCAAGCUGCAGAGGAACGACUGGGACAGUGCAGCAGGGUACAGCCAGGCCGUACAGACCAUGCUGCUGAUGGUGCUGAAGCAGGCCAGCGGCCGGCCCUGGGGGGACCACGGCCUCUUUCUCCGCUAUCACAUUGAAGCUGCCUCCAUCCGCGGUAUCAACAGCUUCCGCCAGUAUAAAACCGAUCUCACCACUGUUGGGAAGCUGCUAGAGGGAAUGUUCCGGAAGCUCAACAACCUUCUGGAGCGUCUUCACCAGUCCUAUUUUUUCUACCUGCUCCCCUCACUCUCACGCUUUGUCUCCAUUGGUUACUACAUGCCGGCCUUUGGCUUGUUGGCUGCCAUCCUGCUGCUGCGAGCUCUGGAUCUUUGGGUCCAGCUGGGAAGUCCAGCCCCAGGAACAGAGGAUGGCCUAGUGGAUGGAGAGCAGCCAUUUGGUCCCGGGGUCCUGUCGGUGCUCACACCACUGAUCAUCAGUCACCUGACAGGCGUAGCUCUCUACACUCUGCCUAUAAUGGCCCAGCAGACAGCCGUGGAGCACUUUCCUGUGUCUGAGACUGAGGCUGUGGUACUGACUGCCAUUGCUAUCUAUACCGCUGGCCUCGCGCUGCCACACAACACACACAGGGUGCUCUCGGGCGAGGGCACGGAAGAGGGUUGGCGUGUGCUGAAGCUCAUCGCUAUAUUCUACAUGGCUGUGCUGCUUGGAUGUACUGCCCUCAUCAACUUCUCCCUGGGCUUCAUCCUUGCUCUCACACUGGUCCCUGUGGCAGCCUUCAUUACUCCGCACGUGCCCAGGGUGUUGAGUGCAUUAGUGAUGGUGCUGCUCAGCCCAGGCUCCACGCUGCUCUUCUCCAUCUUUGUGUAUCAGGAGCUGCAGGAGGCACCCAUCACCCUCCUCGAGGGCUGGAAUCUUUUCCUAUCAGUCAUCUCACAAGGGAUCCUGGAUCACAACCUCUACGGCUCUCUCGUGUACCCACUCAUCUCCCUGCUUGUCUACCCUUGUUGGCUGCUUCUCUGGAACAUUCUUUUCUGGAAAUAAAGCUAAGAAGAAACAUGAUAAUGACAGACCUGAGGAGAAGACAGACAGAGUCAGUGUUGAAAGGGUUGACAGAGGGGAGAUUUGGGAUAGGAUAAGUGGGAAGCCACUGUUGGGUAGAGCCAGCGUUUGGUCUCAAAUAGGGGCUCAGCAGGUUUGUGUUUUUGAUCCCUUUUUGUUUCUGUAUUUAAUCUUAACCCAGUCUUUUUUUUUUUUUUUUUUUUUUUUUUUUUUUGAUGAUGAUGGAAAAAAAUGUGUGGGACUGAAAGACGUCUUUCUUCCAGGCAGCUGUGAACUGGAGUUUAUCUGAAAGGUUGGAGGCAGUGUGCUUGUUUUCAGUCCUGAAUAUGGUCUCGUUAAUAUUCUAAUUUUACUGCUACUGUGCUAGAGAUCGCAUUUUGUUUCAUAACAUGUAUUUUAUUAAUAUAGCAUUUAAUUUGAUUUUUUUUUUUUUUAAAAGCUGCAUGUGAUGCCAUACGUAUCUUUAAUAGCCCACAGCAAGUUUGGGGUUGUGCCCACACCCACAUCUGUAUCUCAGAUGGAAUACGCGGGCCAUGUGUUUAAUCCUGCAUUUUGAGUCACUUGAUAUGUUACAGUGGAAUGAACCUUCUAGCUUUUUUAUGAGACAUCUCAUUCUCCUUUUCACUCACAAUCAAAGAGACUUCUAUUAAGGCUGAACAUUCAACGUCCAAUUUUAUGUACACGAGUGUUCAAAAGUUUGCCAUAACCUAGAAUUUUUUUGAGAAAAAUUGAUUUUUUUUCCACCAACAUAGUAUUAAAUUGAUCAGAAAUCA